CUAUCUAUCUAAUCAGAGCUGGAUACACACCGUAUCCCUAGUUACCCACAGGUCAUUGUCAGGUUCCUGUACAAUGGAUUUCUCACGGUUCCUAGCAGAAGACUUUGAGGUCACUGAGUGGGUUAAUGCAGCUUUUAAAUCCGUCCAAAAAGAUGCUCCGGGGAAGGUAGAUUCUCAUGCUGCGACGUUGGUAAUGAAGCUUCAGCUGUUCAUCCAGGAAGUGAACAAUUCGGUGGAAGAGAGUAGUCAUCAGGCCUUACAGAAUAUGCCCCGUGUACUACGAGAUGUUGAAGCUCUGAAACAGGAAGCUGCUUUCCUGAAAGAACAAAUGAUCCUCGUGAAAGAAGACAUCAAAAAAUUUGAGCAAGAUACAGCUCAGUCUAUGCAGGUCCUUGUGGUGAUGGAUAAAGUAAAGUCACGCAUGCAGUUGGCUGCAGAGUCACUGCAGGAAGCUGAUAAAUGGAGUACUCUGAGUGCAGACAUAGAGGAGACCUUUAAAACCCAGAACAUCACAGUGAUAUCAGAGAAGCUGACCAGCAUGCAGGUUAGUCUCUCAAUGUUGGUGGAUACGCCAGACUACUCAGAGAAGUGUGUCUACUUGGAAGCUUUGAAAAACCGAUUGGAGGCCAUGUGCAGCCCUCAGAUUGUAGGAGCUUUCAACAGCCAGUCUGUCGAUCAGGCCAAGAUGUUUGUCAAAGUGUUCGGUGAAAUUGACAGAAUGCCUCAGCUUUUGGCUUAUUACUACAAGUGUCAAAAGGUGCAAUUGGUGACUGUUUGGCAGGAGCUAUGCCAGUCUGAGAUUCCUCUGGAUCGCCAGCUGACAGAGUUCUAUGAUACCUUGUUGGGGGCAUGGCACACCCAGUUACAGUGGGUCUCUCAGGUAUUUAACAAGCCCCAUGAAGUGGUGACAGUUCUGCUGAUCCAGACUCUUGCUGCAAUGGUCCCAUCGAUCCCUGUGUGUCUUAGCACCGCCAUGGAACGAGCUGGUCCAGAGAGUAAGCUGAGCACGCUGCUAGACCUCUAUCAGUCCACCGUACACUUUGCCAAGGCCCUGGAGGCAGCUAUCCUGCCCAAUAUCGGGGAUCAUAAUCUGGUGAAGGUGACCGAACUGGUGGAAUCUGUGUUUGGACCAUAUAAACCUUUCCAGCUGCAGUACGGUGCCCUAGAAGAGUCUCACGUAUUAAUAGAGAUCAGCGCAAUACCUCUGGAACAUCAGGAGGUCCUAGAUUGUGUCCAAGAGCUCUCUCACUCUGUGAGCCGGAUCUUCAACCUAUCCUCAGGAGCCGUGGAGAGAUGCAUCCAGUUAACAGAUGGUUUGGGGGUGUGCGGCCUGUUAAAAGCCCUCCAGUCUCUCUUUAAAAAGUACGUCUCGGACUUUUCAAAUACGUUACAGUCAAUAAGAAAGAAAUACAAGUUGGACAGCAUCCCUGCUGAUUCCUUGUUCCUUGAAGAUUGGACAGCCUUCCAGAACUCAGUCAGGAUUAUCGCCACUUGCGGAGAGCUGUUACGACAGUGCAGAGACUUUGAACAGCAACUGGCGAGCCGGAUUCUGUCCACGGCUGGAAAGUACUUGUCCGACUCUUACAGCCCACGUAGCUUGACGGGAAUUCAGGAGACCGGUGCCACCGAGCGCAAGAGUAGCCGCAACCCUUGGCAGGAGUACAAUUAUCUGCAGAAGGGGGACCCUGCGGAGUAUGCCAACCUAAUGGAGACCUUGUACAUGAUAAAGGAGAAAGGAGCGGUUAGCACCAGCCUUUUGGCAGCCUCUCGUUCCGCUCUCACACGCCAGAACCAGGUGGCUCAUCAGUUGGCUUUCGAUUCCGUUUUCUUGCGUAUUAAACAGCAGCUUUUACUGGUGCCAAAGAUGGAGAGCUGGAGCUAUGAAGGCUCAGGUGAGCUGACCGAAGACUUGCCCACAUUUAGCCUCACGCCUUUUGAGUAUAUCAGCAACAUAGGACAGUACCUCAUGUCCCUUCCUCUCCACCUGGAACCGUUUGUCACACCUGAAGACUCGACCUUGGAACUCGCGCUGCAUGCUGGGAAGCUCCCCUACCCACCCGAACAAGGAGAGGAAACACCAGAGCUGGACAACAUGGCUGAUUAUUGGUUGGGUUCUUUAGCCAGAGCCACCAUGCAAACGUACUGUGACGUCAUCUUACAGAUUCCAGCUCUCACGCCUCACUCCAGCAAACAGCUGGCCACCGAUAUAGACUAUCUGAUCAAUGUGAUGGAUGCUUUGGGUUUACAACCCACCCGGACUCUUCAACACAUCGUUACUCUUGUGAAGGCCAAGCCUGAAGAAUACAGACAGGUUGCCAAAGCUGUGCCACGGAAACUUUCAUCAUCAGUGGCUGCCAUGAGAAACCUGGAGUACUGAGUCCUAGAUCCUGGGAGCCUCAUGUCUCAAAAAACAGCACUAUUUUGUUCACCCGACUUCAGAAGACGUGUCCACCGUUUAUACAUCACAUCACAAACCUUUGACCAAAAGACGGGUGGCAGAUGUUGACCAAGAUGGACCUACUCUGAGCUGUUGCUUGUGUUUACUCUUCAAUUUGUCAAGAAAGAGACUUCUACAACUUCGACAGCUUGCUAUACAUUUGUCAAUUAAUGCGGUGGGAUGUGUGCCCAAAUGUUAUAGCUAGCCACGUAUAGAUUCCCUAUUUCACUGGGCAGCAGGUGAUUUGUGCUGCUCGGGGGUCUGUAGCACAGGGUGGAAUUAAAAUUAAUAAUAAUGGUUCCAGUGGGAUCUCCUCCUUUAUUUAUUAAAUAAUCUGCAUAAUUUAGCCUAUAUAAUCUACAUACUAUAAUGCCCGGCAAGAAAUGAGCUAGGUGGAAAACAAAUCUGUGAGCCAGGUCUCAGCAAUGUGAUUAGUUUCUCCAUUUUCUUAAUGAGAUUUUCAUGCAGUUGGAUGUUAGGAAAGCAUUUGAUUUAUGAUGAGGGCUAUUUUUAAAAUAAAGACAUAUAUAUA